GGGUCCAGGUCUUCGCAGUCGAUUCUAGACAUGUCGAAAUGCGACUUGUUACGCGAAGCAAACUCUGCGAACGUGAAUUCAAUUUACAGGCCCACUGUUACCCACGUGGGUAGGAGUUUUGCUACAGUCAAAAGUCAAUUGAUAUUCGAUAGUGUUGGAAGUGAACUCGUUCGUCGAAGGUUGACAUGUAGAGGAUCUUGAAUUGAGAAAUUUACAAAUCAGUAGAGAACUUCAAACAAAAAAGGAUUAAUCAAAUAAGUGAAAUAAAAUAAGAGAAAACAAGGAAAAUUGCAUAGUUUUGCAGUUGAUCAAACUGUCCUUCAGUUUAUUAGCAUCUUUCUUCGAUUAAUUUUCCGACAAAUCCCCGCUUUUCCCAUUUCGGGGCUGUGUUUGUUAGUGCAAUUUAUCACGUCAUUUUAAGUCAUAGUCGUAGUAUGUUUCCUCUAUGGUGAAUCCUAAGCUGCGAGACGAGCGACCCCGGAAGCUGCGCUUCCGUCAAACAAUUAUAAAACUUCCGCUUGAGAUCAACGUGCCUGGAGUUGCUGAGAUUCGCAGAGUAAUUAUCGUUAAGUAAGUUUCAAAAGAGCGAAACCCGCUAUAAACAUCACUGAAGUACUUCCGCUUAAUUACUUAAUCAGCUAAAAGGAGGAUUUAGGAUUAAGAUGAGAGCCUUGGAGAUUACGUACCAGCACCUGCCCAGGAGAGAGUCAAGAUCAAGAUCGCUCGUGAGCAUCGAUUGAGGUCAAUGUAACUCCAAAAGGUGAACAAAAACAAGGAAAGUAAUAUGUUAAUAAAUAAUUAUACAACGAAAAAACUUUUACAAAGAAGAUGUGUUCUGUGCAAAAAAAACAAAAGUGUAUUGUUUUUCGUAAAUUAAAAAAGUGCUUCAAGUGUUAAUAUUAAUUUUAAGAUCUUUGCAAACUCGAAAGAUAGAGAAAAAACUAAAAAAUACUGAAAAAAUAAUAUAAAUCUAUAUGGCAUCUAAAAUCUGACUUUGAUCACUUUUAAAAACGAGAGGAUUGGAAUAGAAUAAACGAUUCUAGAUCCUUAUUGAACUUUAAGACAAGAGGAGAAACUAGAAUAAAAGAUUCGCACGCAUGAAUGAAAAGAAAAAUAUAACCUGAGAGAAAGAAAGGUGGCACGUGUUAUGCGAAUAAUCAGCGGUAAGUUGUUUAUGGGGAAGUGGGCCAAUGUCCUGAAGCUGUAGGUCGAUCUGCGAUACGAAACCCGAGGGAAAUUGAAAUUGAAGGAAAAAAGAAGUACGGAUAAAGGAACGGAAAAAAUUCAAAAGGAAAGAAGGAAGGGAAAAAGGAAAGAGGAAAGGAAGUAAAGAAAGAAGGAAGGAAGCCAGUGAAAAAUAAAAAAUGAGCAGAAGAACUACUCAGCUGUUGAGCCUUAAUUCAUGCGAGAGGAUAAGGCCCGAAAGGCCCAGGAAUCCUAUUCAGAGAUUAAUAUGGGGCCCCGGAUCGCAAUUUCAAGUUGGUCACGUGUGGUCUUCUGAAGAUGAGGGAUCCAAUCCUCGAAUGGCUCUCAGAAGAUUACUAAGGUUAUACGAGGGAAGACAGUACAGAGAAGCAGCAGGAUUCCUCAUGAGACUGCCACAUUACACGUUAAGGGCUGCUUUGCCAGAUAUUCCUAUCGACCUUCUGAUCGAAACUCUUCCCCACAGUCUGGCUCUCUUGGAGGCUUUAUAUUGCAGAUUAAUCGAUCUCCAUGUUGAAGAUGCUAACAUUUUUAGGGUCGAACAGGUACUAUGGAAGGUCGUGAACCUGAUCUCCUCUACCCAGGAUCACUUUCACCUCAGAAUUUGGAGCAAACUCUUAGGAGCUCUCUACCAGAUAUCACCCAAUUCAAAAAGCACUCUCGCCUUGAGAAAAAGAGCUUUGGAAAGAGCUGUCGAGGGUCUUGGUAAACAUGGUUUGGUCCCUUCAAAUCAGAAUUCCAGCACAGAAAACUCCACCUCACAAAAUCUCGUCCCGCUACCAGUGGCCCUCAAAGAAGAGCUCGAAGCUCGCGCCGAGGCCUACAAGUUGGCACUUCACAAGCUCGAAAGUUCUGGGAAACAUACGGGCACUCACAAAGCAGACAGUGGAGUACAAGCAGCUUCACAUCAGAGACAAUUAUCCCUAAAAUACAGCGAAGUUCAGCAACGCCUAAUUGACAAUCAGAGUCUACUAAAUACACUAGAAAAAUCAACGGAGGAAUCUCUUAAGAAUCUUCUGCUUGAAUUAAAACGUCGAAUCGAACAAGACAAAGAAGCCUUGAGACAGUGGACAGCCCUAAGGAAAUCGAAUGUUGAUUCCGAGGCGAAUAAGAAUCCAACCCUGGCUGCCAGGUUACUACAGUUCUCCCGGGGAUGUACAUUAGCACUGCAAUUGAUGAGCGAAGACAGCUCGCAGGAACUACACGCAGAUGAGAAUCUAGGUGACGACUAUGAAGAAGAAUCCAGCAGUGCCGGAUAUCAUACGGACGAUAGUUGCAGCCCAACUCCUGAACCAGGUAUCUCGAGCGUUAUUGCUGCUACUAAUCUCAGCGAGACGCUUCAAAACUUAUCUACCCUAGACGAGGACUUCGUUGUCAGCGUCGAACGUCUUACGGAAAAGUAUGGGGCGUUGUACGCUCAUGCACAUUUGCACACAUUGGAUGCACUCGAUGCUCUGGAACCCCUCCGAGACGCCCCUGAACUGAAAGCCAAGAUUCUUUAUUCCGUCGUGGUGCUGUCGUGGCGAGUCGCUGGGAUAAUUCAGACCUCCCGAAGACUGGAGGCUAUUAAGAUUUUAAAUGGAAUGAGUUCACAGGCAGUAAGCACGAGCGGCAAUGUUUCUCCCGAAUUGGAAGAGUGCAUCAGACGCCAAUUGGCAACUUCCGGCGCACAAACGGGAAUACAGGAAGUCGCUGAGCAAGUGAUCAGUCAACUGGAGAGAACCCUCUAUGAUUUUCCGUGUCUAAAGGGUUGUUUAGAAAUUAAGACCUAUGCAAAUGCUUGUUCAUAUCUCGCAUGGGCUUGUUUAGCAAGGUCAACACCUGUAGUUCUUGAUGUGUCACAGGGAGUUGGAUUUAGAAAAGAAAUCCAUGCAAGACAUCAUUCUUCUCCUAAUCCAAAUGGGACAAGAAUAAAAGCUGUACUCUGGCCUGGACUCAGAAAAGGAUGUCAAGGCUCUUGUCUCCAUAGAGCGAUUGUGACAACCGUUUGACUCAUGUUUUUAAGACCUGAUUUAAAAUCGUAAGCCGAAUUAAAGGAAUUUUUAACAGGCGGAAAUUAGAAACCAAAAGCUAAAUUUGUAUAUGUAAAUUUAACAAGAAAUUAUUUUAGUCUUAGUCCCUGAUUUUAGAUAUCCAUUAGGGUGUGUCGAAAAUAAAAAAUUCCCUAAUUCGAAAUCAAUACAAAACAAGAAAGUACCGCAUUGGGAUUCUGAAAAAGAUCUAUUAAUUUGGAAUUAUUAGAUAUGUAGCUUGUUUACCUGCGCUCGAAAAAAACACCUUUCCAAUUUUUUGUGGAUUUUAAUUAAUAAUUUUGCCAAAGAUAAUUCCUUUUCAAUGCACAUCCAUUGAGAAAAAUGCACUAGGAAAAAAAUAGCCAAAAUUCAGGGAUAAAAAUUGGAAAUUCAGCGAAUUUAAAACUUUUCUAUUUUGUUAUAUGAUGAAAAUAUCGUUUUAACAUGUGUUUUGAUAUGUUUCUGAGGAUUUUUAGAUUUUUUCCAUUCUCAACCGAGAAGAUAUUAACACUGAUUUGUGUCAAAUUUGACCCCCCUCCCACCAGUUUUUGACAAAUGUUCACGUUUGGAGACCCCCUGGAUCUGAAAAACAGGUUUUUACGAAUGUGUCUGUCUGUACAUCUAUCUGUAUGUCUGUAUGUCUGUAUGUAUGUCUCUAUGUCUGUCUGUCUGCGAACACGAUACUUUUGAGUAACAAGUUUCAAGCGAAUACGAUCAAAUUUUGACAAAAUGGUUCGCUAUAUUGGAUCCGCCAUUCUGAAUUUUUAAAAGCUAACUGCAUACUCGUAAUCAGUGACCCUUAAAACCUUUAAAAGCACUGCACAUUUUAUUAUGCCUGGGCAUACUAAAAUAUUAGCGAAGUUUGGAGCACGUCAUGGUUCAGCUCUACAAUUUUUAAAAAAUGAAUAAGAGCGCCGUUUUUAGGGUAUGCAAACCCUAUGUUUUCAAAAACGUGACGUGAUGGGAAGUUUUUGAACCUAGAUUCGUGUUGAGCACGAAAAAUCCAUUCGGAAACACUAGGUGCCAUCUUAUUCGCAAAACUCAUGUAGGGCAGUGUAAUUAUUUGAAAUGCUAAACGGGGCCAUC